CUCUACAUAUGAGGUGAAGGCCCGAGAGCACAGCGAACAGGGAUAGCAAACAGGACGUAGGAGUUUUGCAGGAGUUUAGUGGAAAGUGUGCAGGGGAGCCUGGAACAAGCCCCUGCGAUCACAAGGAUCACAAGGAGCCUGGUGGAGAAAAGAACGUCUGAUAUCUGGGAGGAGCCGGUUUCAUCUGCCCAAACUCAGGAGCACAGAUCUGUGCAGUGCCUCAGACUAUUGAGCAGACACUACCAUCUUUCAAGCAAAUUCCAUAUUCCAAAUCACAAUGAAGUGCAUCAUCUAUGUCUCCUUGUUACUGAUUUUUGCUCUACAAAUCCAUUGUUAUCCUAAAGACCCAGAAGACCACAGUUUCCAGGAUGGUGAUGGACAUGAAAUUUCACAUGAAGUGCCCAGUAUCACAAACUAUCAAAAAAUAGCUCCCAAUAAUGCUGAUUUUGCAACCAGACUCUACAAGGAAAUAAUUACUAAUUCAACUGCCGAAAAUGUUUUUCUAUCUCCCUUAAGUAUCUCCACAGCCUUUGCGUUGCUGUGCCUGGGUGCUAAAGCUGAAACCCAUUCUCAAAUUUACAAAGGACUUACAUUUAACCUGACAGAGAUUAAAGAGAUGGAGAUACAGAAUGGAUUCCGCCAGGUCAUCGAAGUGCUUAACCGUCCAGGAAACAAAGCAAAGGUGAACAUAGGAAAUGCCUUGUUCAUUAAUGAGUCAUUGAAAGUAUUACCUAAAUUUCUGGAUGAUGUCAAAACGUUGUAUGCAGCCGAAGGCUUUUCUGUCAACUUUAAGAAUUCUACCAUAGCUAAAGAUAAGAUAAAUAAUUAUGUGCAGAACAAAACACAUGGAAAAAUAGACAAUGCUUUGGAUGACCUUGAUGAAAAUGCUGUAAUGGUUAUAUUGAACUAUAUCUUCUUCCAAGGCUACUGGAAAAAUCCUUUUCACGCGUACAUGACCAAGGAAGAAGAUUUUUUUGUAAAUGGAAGCACAACUGUGAAAGUCAACAUGAUGUUUCAAGAGGCAUACUUCCAGGUUCUCCGUGAUGAAGAUCUGUCUUGCUGGGUGGUGAAAAUGCCUUACAAAGGAAAAGCCUCUGCAUGGUUCAUUCUGCCAGAUGAAGGGAAAAUGAAUGAUGUGGAGAAGCAGUUGCAGAAAGAAAUUUUAACUAAAUGGAUGACAAGUGUUAGAAACAGAAAAAUAAAACUGUUUCUUCCGAAAUUAUCCAUUCAUACAUCCUAUGAUCUCAUACCACUGAUGAACAAACUGGGUGUGAAGGAUGUCUUUGGUCCCAAUGCUGAUCUGUCUGGGAUUACUGGAGGAGGCAAUCUGUGGGUUUCUCAAGCUACUCACAAGGCUGCGCUGGAUGUACACGAAACAGGCACUGAAGCAGCAGGAGUCGCUGUUAUUGUGACUCUACCAGGAUCUUAUUUCAUGCCCUCUCCCCCUCCUCCUAUCAUCAGAUAUGAUCAUCCCUUCUUAAUGUUUAUUACCGAUGAUCAAUCCACUGCCAUGACCUUCCUGGGGAAAAUUGGGAACCCCAAGUCAAAAAUAUAAAGUGAGCAGAGAGAAGCUUACAAAGACUUUUGGGUGAUUAAAAAUAAUUUUCCCCCUUUGUACUACACUUCCACUAGCGUGUGCCUUGCCCCUUUCAUGCCACAACUGUUCUUUGGAGGGGGAAUAAGGCAAGAGCGGCAAAAAAAAACACCCCUGUAUAAUAAAUGUAUAUUAAUAAUAAAAUGUUUCGUAAAUAAAUAAUGUGUGUAAAAUAAAA